UUUUCUCACCCCCAACCCCCCACCGUCUUCACCCCUCCUUGGUCUCGGCUGAGGCGGCGGCGAUUCCUGGACGGGGGAGGAGGGAGCGGGACUAUCCGGAGCCAUCCGCCGAAAUGGUGAAUUUCACAAUAGACCAGAUCCGUGCGAUCAUGGACAAAAAGUCCAACAUCAGGAACAUGUCUGUGAUUGCUCAUGUUGACCAUGGCAAGUCCACGCUCACAGAUUCAUUGGUGUGUAAAGCAGGUAUCAUAGCUUCAGCCAGAGCUGGUGAAACACGAUUUACUGACACACGGAAAGAUGAGCAGGAAAGAUGUAUCACAAUCAAGUCUACGGCCAUUUCUCUCUACUACGAGCUCUCAGAAAAUGAUUUAGCCUUCAUCAAACAAUCCAAAGAUGGCUCUGGCUUUCUCAUUAAUUUAAUCGACUCCCCUGGGCAUGUGGAUUUCUCCUCUGAAGUCACAGCAGCACUUCGUGUCACUGAUGGUGCUCUUGUAGUUGUUGACUGUGUUUCAGGGGUUUGUGUGCAGACCGAGACUGUGCUUCGCCAAGCGAUUGCUGAGCGUAUCAAGCCAGUGCUGAUGAUGAACAAGAUGGAUCGUGCUUUGCUGGAGCUGCAGUUAGAGCCGGAGGAACUUUACCAGACCUUCCAGCGUAUCGUAGAAAACGUCAAUGUUAUAAUAUCCACUUAUGGAGAGGGUGAAACUGGACCCAUGGGUAAUAUUAUGAUUGAUCCAGUCAUUGGUACUGUUGGCUUUGGCUCUGGCCUGCAUGGUUGGGCUUUUACUCUGAAACAGUUUGCCGAGAUGUAUGUAGCCAAAUUUGCUGCCAAAGGGGAAAAAGCACAGCUCCCAGCAGCAGAAAGAGCCAAGAAGGUAGAAGACAUGAUGAAAAAGCUAUGGGGAGACAAGUAUUUUGACCCGGCAAAUGGAAAAUUCAGUAAAUCGGCAACCAACCCCGAUGGAAAGAAAUUGCCGCGGACUUUCUGCCAACUCAUCCUGGAUCCUAUUUUUAAGGUCUUCGAUGCCAUUAUGAACUUUAAGAAGGAAGAAGCAUCCAAACUGAUAGAGAAACUGGACAUCAAGCUGGAUGCUGAAGACCGAGAAAAGGAGGGGAAGCCACUGCUCAAGGCUGUAAUGCGUCGCUGGCUGCCUGCCGGAGAUGCUUUACUUCAGAUGAUUACCAUCCACUUGCCUUCCCCUGUUACAGCGCAGAAAUAUCGCUGUGAACUUCUGUAUGAGGGACCGCCUGAUGAUGAAGCAGCUAUGGGUGUUAAGAACUGUGACCCAAAGGGCCCUUUGAUGAUGUACAUCUCCAAAAUGGUCCCCACGUCUGACAAAGGUCGUUUCUAUGCCUUUGGGCGGGUCUUCUCUGGCAUUGUUUCCACAGGCCAGAAAGUACGAAUAAUGGGGCCAAACUAUACCCCAGGAAAGAAAGAAGAUCUCUACCUGAAGCCCAUUCAAAGAACCAUUUUGAUGAUGGGUCGUUAUGUUGAGCCCAUUGAGGAUGUACCUUGUGGCAACAUUGUUGGCCUAGUUGGUGUUGACCAGUUUUUGGUGAAGACGGGCACCAUUACCACCUUUGAACAUGCCCACAACAUGAGAGUGAUGAAAUUUAGUGUUAGCCCAGUUGUGCGGGUUGCAGUUGAAGCAAAAAACCCUGCCGACCUACCAAAACUAGUGGAAGGUCUAAAGCGUCUCGCCAAGUCUGACCCUAUGGUCCAGUGCAUUAUUGAGGAAUCUGGCGAGCACAUUGUUGCUGGAGCUGGUGAGCUGCAUCUGGAAAUUUGCCUGAAAGAUCUGGAAGAGGACCAUGCCUGUAUUCCCAUCAAGAAAUCAGACCCGGUAGUAUCUUAUCGGGAGACAGUCUCUGAAGAAUCGACCCAGAUGUGCUUGUCCAAAUCCCCCAACAAGCACAACCGGUUGUAUAUGAAAGCCCGCCCUUUCCCUGACGGGUUGGCAGAGGAUAUAGACAAAGGGGAUGUCAGCUCCCGCCAAGAACUGAAGCAACGGGCUCGGUAUCUGGCUGAGAAGUACGAGUGGGACGUGUCUGAAGCACGGAAGAUCUGGUGCUUUGGUCCCGACGGAACAGGCCCCAACAUCCUGGUGGACAUCACCAAAGGGGUCCAGUACCUCAAUGAAAUAAAGGACAGUGUGGUCGCCGGAUUCCAGUGGGCAACGAAAGAGGGCGUUCUGUGUGAGGAGAACAUGCGGGGAGUUCGCUUUGACAUCCAUGAUGUUACUCUCCAUGCUGAUGCCAUCCACCGGGGUGGUGGGCAAAUCAUCCCAACAGCAAGGAGGGUUUUGUAUGCCUCUGCCCUGACUGCCCAGCCCCGAUUGAUGGAACCCAUCUAUCUUGUAGAGAUUCAGUGCCCAGAACAAGUGGUUGGAGGCAUUUAUGGUGUGCUGAAUCGAAAACGUGGUCAUGUUUUUGAAGAGUCCCAAGUAGCUGGGACACCCAUGUUUGUGGUCAAAGCAUAUCUGCCAGUUAACGAGUCCUUUGGUUUCACUGCUGAUUUGAGAUCCAAUACCGGUGGCCAGGCUUUCCCACAAUGUGUCUUUGAUCACUGGCAGAUUUUGCCUGGAGACCCCUACGAUGCUAAUUCACGACCCUUUCAAGUCGUGGCUGAAACACGCAAACGCAAAGGCUUGAAGGAAGGUAUUCCACCUCUGGACAACUUCCUAGACAAAUUGUAACUACAACCUCAUCCAGGUCAGGGGUGCCUGUUCUAGCACUCAACUUCAUCACAGAAUUGGAUUGCUUCACAAAGCCAGCAAAGGAGUGGGAAACUGAACAGAAAAACUCCAAACAUCCAGCAAUUAUGUCAUGUUCACCUAAUGAAAAAUAAAAGUAUGUGUUGAACCGCU